GCCUCGCGCGGCAGCGGCUCGCGAGGGCGAUGCAGUGAGACAGGACCGGCGGGCGGGCAGGCUCGCGCGGGGCGGGGGCCGCGGCCGCGCUGCAGAGAUGUGACUUGAGGCCGAGAACCAGCAGGAGCGUCGGCGCUGCGAGGCCGCGGGGGUCGAGAGAAAGAUGAAAACCCACCAGGUGCUCGCCUUCCUCCUACUCUUCGUGAUCGCCUCCGGGGCUUCUGAGAACGCCAGCACGUCCCGGGGCUGUGGACUGGAUCUCCUCCCUCAGUACGUGUCCCUCUGCGACCUGGACACCAUCUGGGGCAUCGUGGUGGAGGCGGUGGCUGGGGCGGGUGCCCUGAUCACGCUGCUCCUGAUGCUCAUCCUGCUGGUGCGGCUGCCAUUUAUCAAGGACAAGGAGAAGAAGGACCCCGUGGGCCUCCACUUCCUCUUCCUCCUGGGGACCCUGGGCCUCUUCGGGCUGACGUUCGCCUUCAUCAUCCGGGAGGACGAGACUAUCUGCGCCGUCCGCCGGUUCCUCUGGGGAGUCCUCUUCGCGCUCUGCUUCUCCUGCCUGCUGAGCCAGGCGUGGCGCGUGCGAAGGCUGGUGCGCCACGGCAAGAGCCCCUCAGGCUGGCAGCUGGUGGGCGUGGCGCUGUGCCUGAUGCUCGUGCAGGUCAUCAUCGCCAUCGAGUGGCUGGUGCUGACCGUGCUGCGCGACGCCAAGCCAGCCUGCGCCUACGAGCCCAUGGACUUCGUAAUGGCCCUCAUCUACGACAUGGUACUGCUCGUGGCCGCCCUGGGGCUGGCGCUCUUCACGCUGUGCGGCAAGUUCAGAAAGUGGAAGCAGAACGGGGCCUGCGUCCUGGUCACGGCAUUCCUCUCCGUGCUCAUCUGGGUGGCCUGGAUGACCAUGUACCUCUUUGGCAACGCCGAGCUGCGGCAGGCAGACGCCUGGGGCGACCCCACCUUGGCCAUCACCCUGGUGGCCAGCGGCUGGGUCUUCGUCAUCUUCCACGCCAUCCCGGAGAUCCACUGCACCAUUCUGCCAGCCCCGCAGGAGAACACGCCCAACUACUUCGACACCUCGCAGCCCAGGAUGCGGGAGACGGCGUUUGAGGAGGACGUGCCGCUGCCACGCACCUACAUGGAGAACAAGGCUUUCUCCAUGGACGAGCACAAUGCAGCUCUCCGAACAGCAGGAUUUCGCAAUGGCAGCUUGGGAAACAGACCGAGCGCUCCGUUUAGAAGCAAUGUCUAUCAGCCCACUGAGAUGGCCGUUGUGCUCAAUGGAGGGACUAUACCAACUGCUCCGCCAAGUUACACUGGAAGACACCUCUGGUGAAAGACUUUAAGUUCCAGAGAAUAAGAAUCUCUCUUGCCGAUUUUAUUCCCUGGCUGUGUCUUUCUUGAGGGAGAAAUCAGUAAUGGUAGCCGAACAAGGCUGCCUCACAGCCAGGAGAUCUAGAAAUCCUACACAAGGGGAUUUCGUGUAAAUGUGAACACUGCUGAACCGAAAAGCUAACACCGACUGCCCUCCCGUCCCCUGCCAACGACACACACACGCACACACACACACGUAAUACCAAACCAACCUCAAUCCCUGCAAACUAAAGCAAAGCUAAUUGCAAAUAGUAUUAGGCUCACUCGAAAAUGUGGCUGGGAAGACUGUUUCAUCCUCUGGGGGUAGAACAGAACCAAAUUCACAGCCGGUGGGCCUGGCUGGUGUUGGUUGCUUGUGGGGGUCCCCACACCAUCGCCCCUCCCCAGCACGUGCUGGACCCCAAGUGGCCUUUUGGAGAUGCCUGUUUCAUUGGGAGGACUAAUGGGGACUUUUCCACCAGCUUGCCUGUUGGUUUGCACAUUUCAGGGGGGUCAGGAGCAGUUAAGGAGUGGUGGGUGUGAUUCCAAGGUGAGGCCCAGCCGCAUCACCUUGGGAUGAGCUGUUACAGCCAGUAGUUGGGGGAGGGACCCCGGCAUGUGCCAACGAAGAGAAGGCUCUCUGGAAGGUGAAGUGACCGUCACAUUUAGAAAGUGGUGACCCACCA